AUCAGAACUGAAAUUGGCGACAGAGAAGGGGAGGCAUCAUGUUAUGGAAACCUAGGUACUGUGUUUGAGUCGCUUGGCCAAUACGACAAGGCUAAAGAGUAUCUCCAAAAAGCACUUGUCAUCAGAACUGAAAUUGGCGACAGAGCGGGGGAGGCAUCAUGUUUUGGAAACCUAGGUACUGUGUUUAAGUCAAUUGGCCAAUACCACAAGGCGGAAGAGUAUCUCGAGAAAGCACUUGUCAUCACAACUGAAAUUGGCGACAGAGAUGGGGAGGCAUCAUGUUAUGGAAACCUAGGUACUGUGUUUGAGUCGCUUGGCCAAUACGACAAGGCUGAAGAGUUUCACCAAAAAGCGCUUGUCAUCACAACUGAAAUUGGCGACAGAAAAGGGGAAGCAUCAUGUUAUGGAAACCUAGGUACUGUGUUUGUGUCGAUUGGCCAAUACGACAAGGCUGAAGAGUAUCUCCAAAAAGCGCUUGUCAUCAGAACUGAAAUUGGCGACAGAAAAGGGGAAGCAACUGACUAUGGAAACCUUGGUAUUGUGUUUAGGUCGCUUGGUCAAUACGACAAGGCUGAAGAGUAUCACCAAAAAGCGCUUGUCAUCACAACUGAAAUUGGCGACAGAAAAGGGGAAGCAUCAUGUUAUGGAAACCUAGGUACUGUGUUUGAGUUUUUUGGUCAAUACGACAAGGCUGAAGAGUAUCUCCAAAAAGCGCUUGUCAUCAGAACUGAAAUUGGCGACAGAAAGGGGGAAGCAUCAUGCUGUGGAAACCUAGGUACUGUGUUUAAGUCGCUUGACCAAUACGACAAGGCUGAAGAGUAUCUCCAGAAAGCGCUUGUUAUCACGACUGAAAUUCGCCACCGAGAAGGGGAAGCAUCAUGUUAUGGAAACCUAGGUACUGUGUUUCGGUUGCUUGGCCAAUACGACAAGGCUGAAGAGUAUCUCCAAAAAGGGCUUGUCAUCAGAACUGAAAUUGGCGACAGGGCAGGGGAAGCAUCAUCUUAUGGAAACCUAGGUACUGUGUUUGAGUCGAUUGCCCAAUACGACAAGGCUGAAGAGUAUCUCCAAAAAGCGCUUGUCAUCAGAACUGAAAUUGGCGACAGGGCAGGGGAAGCAUCAUGUUGUGGAAGCCUAGGUACUGUGUUUAAGUUUCUUGGCCAAUACGACAAGGCUGAAGAGUAUCUCCAAAAAGCGCUUGUCAUCACAACUGAAAUUGGCCACAGAAAAGGGGAAGCAUCAUGUUAUGGAGACCUAGGUACUGUGUUUGGGUCGCUUGGCCAAUACGACAAGGCUGAAGUGUAUCACCAAAAAGCGCUUGUCAUCACAACGGAAAUUGGUGACAGAAAAGGGGAAGCAUCAUGUUAUGGAAACCUAGGUAAUGUGUUUGAGUUGGUUGGCCAAUACGACAAGGCUGAAGAGUAUCACCAAAAAGCGCUUGUCAUCACAACUGAAAUUGGCGACAGAAAAGGGGAAGCAUCAUGUUAUGGAAAUCUAGGUACUGUGUUUAAGUUUCUUGGCCAAUACGACAAGGCUGAAGAGUAUCUCCAAAAAGCGCUUGUCAUCAGAACUAAAAUUGGCGACAGAAAAGGGGAAGCAUCAUGUUAUGGAAACCUAGGUACUGUGUUUGAGUCGCUUGGCCAAUACGACAAGGCUGAAGAGUCUCUCCAAAAAGGGCUUGUCAUAAGAACUAAAAUUGGCGACAGAGAAGGGGAGGCAACUGCCUAUGGAAACCUAGGUACUGUGUUUAAGUCGCUUGGCCAAUACGACAAGGCUGAAGAGUAUCUCCAAAAAGCGCUUGUCAUCACAACUGAAAUUGGCGACAGAGAAGGGGAGGCAUCAUGUUAUGGAAACCUAGGUACUGUGUUUAAGUCGAUUGGCCGAUACGACAAGGCUGAAGAGUAUCACCAAAAAGGGCUUGUCAUCACAACUGAAAUUGGCGACAGAAAAGGGGAAGCAUCAUGUUAUGGAAACCUUGGUAUUGUGUUUAAGUCGCUUGGCCAAUACGACAAGGCUGAAGAGUAUCACCAAAAAGCGCUUGUCAUCACAACUGAAAUUGGCGAUAGAAGAGGGGAAGCAUCAUGUUAUGGAAACCUAGGUUCUGUGUUUGAGUCGCUUGGCCAAUACGACAAGGCUAAAGAGUAUCUCCAAAAAGCACUUGCCAUCACAACUGAAAUUGGCAUCAGAAAAGAAGAAGCAUCAUGUUAUGGAAACCUUGGAAUUGUGUUUAGAUCUCUUGGUCAUUUUGAAGCUUCGGAAGUAUGCUUGGAGAAAGCUUUAUUCAUAUCUAGAGAUAUUGGCGAUGGAAGAAAAGAGUCCGAAAUCCUUGGAAGUUACGCCGUUUUGUAUUUAUAUCAAUAUAAAAUCAAAGACUCCCUGUCGUGUUUUCAUCUGUGCAUUGAAAAGUAUGAAGAGCUGAGAUAUUUCUUGGGCGCCAAUGAUCAGUUCAAAACAUCAUUUCUGGAGGACACAGGAAUAUUUCCCUACAAACUGCUUUGUACUUUGCUUUGUGACACCGGAAAUGCUCGGGAUGCUAUUUAUGUUGAGGAGUUGGGUCGAGCUAGAGGCCUAUCAGACUUAAUGGCAGAGAAGUACUCGGUUGAAAUGCACAUCUCUGCUAAUCCACAAUCUUGGUUUGGCAUUGAGAACAUUUUAAGAAAGAAAAAAAACUGUACUUGUUUGUACAUUUCUUAUUUUCAGAAUCGUCUGCAUUUGUGGAUCUUGAAAACAAGUGGAGUCCUUCACUAUAGAAGAGUAUCAACAGAAGAGAAUCUAGUUCAGGCUGGGUUACCCAAAGAUUUGUCUUUGAGUCAAUUUUUAGAUGAUAAUUUCCGACGUCUUGGUAUUUUGCCCACUAAAGAUUGUGAAGAUCGGUCUUUAAGUACGAUUAAAUUGCAACCUCUUUCCCCCGCGCAAAAGAGCUCAGCAAGAUUGCGACUCUUGGAGGAGGACGAGGACGAGGACGAGGACGAGGACGAGGACGAGGACGAGGACGAGGACGAGGACGAGAAAGUGAUUUCAAGUCUAUAUUUGUGUUACAAAAUGUUCAUUGCUCCCGUUUAUGAUUUGCUUGAUGAGCCUGAAGUCAUUAUUGUUCCUGACCGCAGGUUGUACAAAGUUCCCUUUGCUGCCCUCAGUGAAAAGGAAGGAGCCGAAUACUUGUCAGAGACUCAUAAGAUCCGUAUCAUUCCUUCGUUGACAACACUCAAGAACAUUCAAGAUAGUCCAGAGGACUAUCACAGCAACACUGGUGCCUUGGUAAUAGGCAAUCCCAAGGUUAAUUGGCUGCAACCAUUGCCAGGUGCAAGAAAGGAAGCGGAGAUGGUCGGACGACUGGUGGGUGUUCCGCCUCUAGUUGAAGAGAAAGCAACGAAGCAGGCGGUACUUAAGCGGAUAAGUUCAGUGAGCUUGAUACAUUUUGCUGCCCAUGGUAACACAGAAAGAGGAGAAAUUGCACUUUCCCCCAUUCCUACUCCCAACAGUCAAAACGUUACCCCACCGAAGGAAGCUUCCAUGUUGACGAUGGCUGAUGUCUCACGAGUGAAAGUCAGAGCUAAACUGGUGGUACUUAGCUGCUGUCACAGUGGAAGUGGAGAGAUAAGAGCCGAGGGAGUUAUAGGAAUUGCCCGUGCGUUCUUAGGAUCCGGUGCUCGCUCGGUGUUGGUUGCGCUGUGGGCCAUUCCAGACUCAGCAACAGAGCAGCUGAUGAGUCGGUUCUACGAACACCUCAUUGAAGGUGGAAGUGCCAGUGAAUCCCUUCAUCAUGCCAUGAAGUGGAUGAGAAAAAACGGCUUCAACAAAAUGUCUGAUUGGGCUUCGUUUACGCUGAUUGGAGAUGAUGUGAGACUCGAGUUUGACAAGCAGCGGCAAGACUCAGUGAGAACAGGUAUUUCAUAA